AUGAAGUUCUCGCAGAAGUCGACACUCUCGGCUAUCGCUGCGAUUACAGCUUUCGUAGGACGUACCCAAGCCGUUGGUGAUUGCGACGGUGGUGGACCAUGGAAUUCAAAUCCGGUGGGAUAUGAUACUGGUGGUGAAUGGUGUGCCACCAAGUGGAAGGAUGGUGCCGCCAUCAACGGCAUCCAAGGCUGGGCCAACGGCGACAGCGUUAACGGUAUUGAAUUUCAGUACACGAACGGAGUCGCUCCGGAGCGAUUCGGUCAGAUGACAGGAGACAAAAAGGAAUGGCUCUCGUGGGACACGACGACAGACACGGUUGAGUCCAUCACCAUGUGGCCCAAUGGCUAUUCCGACGUGAGGCGGGUGGCUGCUAUUGAAAUCAAGAUCAGUAACAGAGACCCCUGGAGGAUCGGUACUGUCCCGCCCAAGACCCAGGGUUACGACAGUCCAGUUGUCAAGGGUGCCGGAAUCAUCAUGGGAGCCUAUGGGCGCCAUGGGGGCAGCAUUGACGCGCUUGGCUUCAUGAUGCUGGACUCCGCCAUCAAGAACCGGAAUGUGAAUGACUUCGCUCUUAACGAGGACAGCGUUAAUGGCAACAACGAAGCGCUCAAGAAUCAGAAGCCUGAGGCCAUCGACUCUUUCUCACAGGAGAACUGGACGGGUGAGAAUAUGACAUACCAGGUUGACAGAAGAAUCGAGAAGACGCGAAGCUGGUCGACCACAAGGACGUCUUCCAAGACUUUUGGUGGCUCCGUUGGUGCCAGCAUUGAUUUUGGCCUGCCGGCUAUAGGUUUGGGCGGGAGUGUGACCACUGAGUUCCACUGGGAGACUACGAACACCUGGGAGAACACCGAAGAGGGUUCAGAUACUACGGAGCUCUUUUUCUCAGUGAGCGGGAACAUUCCCAAGGGCGAGGCCAUCUACUGCGAGGCGCUAGCUUUCAGCGGUAAAUACGACCUGGAUUAUGGCAGCACGAUCGAACUCGAGCUCCAGAGCGGUCGGACUUGGUCCUACCACGAAGCAGGAACCGUGAAGGGCGUCGCCUGGUCCAAGAACGAGAACAAGUGCAUCAGCUACAAGGAAGGGGAGUCUGGUCCUGCCGUACUGGAAGCGAAGCUCGCAGAGUGGAAACAAAGCCCAGAGAAGGAAGAGCAGGAGAGACAAGAGCGUGAAGAACGGGCUGAGGAGAGCGUGAAGGAGCCUGAACCUACUUCAAGCGCCGAGGCCUCUGCUUCUGCGACAGAGAGUGCUACGCCAUCUAAGACGAAAGGGGCUACUCCGACUAAGACUGAAGACUCUGAGCCAACCCCGACGGAUGAGCCCACGGAGGAUGAAGAAGAUGAGGAAGAGCCUGAGAAUGUAGAUGACGAAGAAGCUGUGGAUGGAGAUGUGACUAACGAUGAUGAGGUUGCUGACGACGAGGAGAAUGUGGAUGAUGAGGAGAGCUUAGAUGACGACGAGAGCCUGGAUGAUGAAGAGCUUGUUGACGAUGAGGAGCCUGUGGAUGAUGAGGAGCCUGUGGAUGACGAAGAGGUUGCUGAUGACGAAGAGGUUGCUGAUGACGAAGAGGUUGCUGAUGACGAAGAGGUUGCCGAUGACGAAGAGGUUGCUGAUGACGAAGAGGUUGCCGAUGACGAAGAGGUUGCUGAUGACGAAGAGGUUGCUGAUGACGAAGAGGUUGUCGAUGAUGAAGAGAGCUUGGAGGACGAUGAGAAUUUGGAUGACGAAGAGAGCUUGGAAGAUGAUGAGAAUUUGGAUGACGAAGAGAGCUUAGAUGAUGAAGAGGUUGUCGACGACGAGCCCGUGGAUGAGGAGCCCCUGGACGAGGAACCUACAGAGACCACCGAGUCUACAGCCACAGCUGAGGCCACUUUCGGUGCCACAAUCGACCUCGGGGGUGCCACAGCCGAGCCCACAGCCACAGAGGAACCUUCUACAAGCACGUCCUCCAAGGCCCGCGAGACAACCACCGCUCGCGCUCGCACUUCCACCAGGCACAACUCAGCACGUGCAGAGAUGACCCCUGCUCCAGCGGCCUUCGAUGGCAAACGCAGCCUCUUCUUUACUGCGUGA